AUGCCAAGAGGAAAUUAUCCACCAAACUAUCCUAUUAGACUCGAAGCGGUAACUGGUAAGGUCAAUGCAAUGCUUGCUGGUCAAUCAUAUCGUUAUAUUCAUGAAAUGCCCACUACUCUGUUUUAUGUAUAUCUUUGUAGAUUAGCAUUUCCUGAGGAGGAAAAUAACAGAAGCUUGAAGAAAAUCCCCAUACUCGAAGAUCCGGAAAAGUACUCAAUCAUUGGACUUAAGCCAAGACGAGCUGAUCUCGACAUGAACCAUCAUAUCAACAAUGUCACCUAUAUUGGAUGGCUUCUUGAGGUUAGUGUCAUCAUCAGACUAGAAUGUCAGCAAGACGAUGUGGUGGAUUCACUCACCACCUCAAAGAAUGGCUUUGCAACAUCAGGCACACAAAGCCACAACGAUAGCCAGUUCUUACAUCUCCUAAGGUUUUUCGGAGAUGGUCAGGAGAUCAACCAUGGAACAACCCUGUGGAGAAAGAAGCCCUCCAGAUAG